CGGAGUGAUGACGAUCCCUGGUCUGCAUGCGUACGUUUUGGAGAGCGGAGCACAGAAGAGAAGGCGCGCUGAAUUCCUGACGCCAGCUCCAUCCGUGGAUGCUUUAGCCCCACCUUGUCACCGACUUGAUUCCCAUGCAUGACGAAUUGUCACGAUUCACGAGGCAAAGCUACCUACUAUACGAGCUAGAGUUACGGUAGUUGCGAGUUGCAGAGCUAGUGUCUGGAAUCAGGCGGAGUGCUAAUUGUCAGACCAGUAAUCUUGAAGCCGCCAGCUCUAAGACGAAGAGUUGCGCAACGAAGUGAGACGAAGCUCAUCUUUGGAACCUAGAGCUGAAGGUUAAGACUUUGCAGCAGCGAAGCGAUCCUCGUUGUUUGAUUCAAAAAGUUUGUCCAUAAUGGCGCCCGAACCAGUCGGAAGCAUUGCGUCCAGGGAGAACUUCAAGGAGAAGAAGGUCGCUGUAGUGGGUGGCGACUCCCUGCUGGGCCAGGCGAUUGCUGAGGAGUUCCGCUUGGCGGGAGGGAAAGUUUGCGCCAUCGGUACAGAGGAGGCCUCGUGCGAUGUGAUCAUCAAAGACUACAUGGACCUGGAGGAUACCAAGGACGGCUGCAAGCAGGCUCUCGAAGUGCUCGGCGGUCAGAUCGACGUCCUGGUGAAUGCCGCGGGCGGCAUCUCACAGGGCAUGGGGUACUCUGAGAUGCCCAAGAUCGCGCAGCAGAACUUGAUCUCCGCACAGAUGUGCUCAGAACUGCUUGCGCCCGAGCUAGCAAAGUCGGAGAUUGGGAACAUCGUGAACGUCGGCGGCGCACUGGGCAGCAAGCUCAAGAUGCCGGGCGCCCUUCUCGAUUAUGGCGUCGCAAAGUGCGGCGUCGCCACACUGACCAGGAACCACGCGCUCCAGUUCGCGCCCAAAGUCCGCUGCAAUGUGGUCCUCUUCGGGCCCUUUGAGGGCGACCCGGUCUUGGCCCAGUUGGCCGGACACGACAAGUCAAAGGAGAAGGCGCUUAUGGAGACGGCGGCCAACGGGACGCUCUUGAAGCGCUUGGGCACCCCACAGGAGAUCGCCGCCGCCGUCUUUUACAUCGCAACACAGGAGGGCGCCACCGGAACGGAGAUCGUGCUGGACGGCGGCGCGUGCCUGACCCACUGGGUGAACCACCCAAUGGAGGGACUGGUCGGUGUGAUGCCCGAAAAGCUGCCCAUGGGACUGCUGGAGAAUAACGGUAACAAGAAGCGCAAAGCCGGGGCGUAGGGACGUUGACCGGUAACGGAAUGGUGUGGCGACGGAACGAGAGGAACGCGGAGUGGAAUGGAAAAUGGAAGCCAGGGAGUCUUGAUAAAGUCAAAAGGAGAGUGGAAUAACUGGAAGGAGUCGAGAAGUAGGAGACAAAAGAAAGCUGAAGGGUCAAGCCUGCGACGGUUCAUAGCAAUUUUGUUGUGCUCUGAUAAGCGAGAUGGGAUGGGACCGUCAUGACAGGCCCUGUCGAGGGUCAAGGACAAAAUUAAAUUUUGGCCACUUUUUGUGAAGUACGUCCGCAUGUUCCAUGAGUCAACUCGUCGAUUGACCUUGGUAACAUGCAUGUACCCAAUCGCAUGCGCUACGAGAACAACGUCUAGGCCUCCGACACAGAUCAGAUCUAAUACUGCUUUAUUACAUCAUGUGAAUUGCUUCGCU